CUCCUUGAACUCCAGCACUUUAAGCCCAGUUCACAAACCAGCAGCCAUCUCUACAAGCAGAGUUUGAAAGAAAUUGAUUUUUCAGGCAACCUCAGGAAGACACAACCACAGAGGUGCCUUAUAAAAUUUCUACCCUACUUGACAAAGGGCAUUACUACUCUCUCCUAUUAGUCCCCUAAUAGGACUACGCCCACUCACCUAAUCCUUUUACUCAUUAGUCAUUUACAUUAAUAUAGGCUGGCUGAUUGGCUUAUCUGUCGUUUUUAAGAGGAAACGGGAAGUAGACUUUUACUCUCUCACCACCGCGUGUCAGCCUGGGUUUUUUCCCUCUCUUUCUUAGCUCUGUAGUUCUUCCAGGCUUCUCUGGAGCAGUUUGAGCCUACAGCAUCGCCUUCCACUGGUACCCAAAGAUCUAGGAGGCGCUUCGAGCUGUGACUAGACUUCCGAUGGAUUCAUCAGAAGAUAACCCAACCUGGACCCUAGACUCUCUGAAAACAUCCAUCAGUGACGCUUCCCAGGCAAUGCAGGUUUCCACUCAACUCUCUGAAAUGUUAGCAACAAACCUCAGUAACUUGACUCUCAACCCAAGUAUCAAGUUGCCGUAUCUACCAGAAUACCCAUCUCAACCGACUGGGCAGUUACCUAGUGAGAAAACACCCAAUAGGCGGAGAGGAGUAAGAACGCUGUUGAGUGAGCGGAGAUACAGGAUGCAAAAGCUGAUUGAAUCUCUCAGACUUCGCUAUGCCAAAGGAGUUCCUCGUUCUGACUCUCAAAGAGAACUACAGCAGCAGGAGGACACUGAGAUUCGAUCAAGAGUGCGAAGAUUCCAGUGUACCUGCAGUUAUUGCCAGUUUAAGAGAAAUCCUUCUGAUGACACUUAUGAGAAUUAUUACAACACAACAUACAGUAAUUAUGCCAUGGAAUCGAAUGAGUCAUAAACCUUUUUCUUGCACUGUUUUCUUGCUGGUAAUUUUUAGGAUCAUUAUGAAGCAGCUUGGGAAAGAUUGUACCAAUAUUUUGAUAAUGUAUGUUGUAAAUUUGUCUUUUUUACUUGCAUCUCUUUUCUACCUUAAUACAGUUAACUUAUGAGGAAUCUAUAUGUAGCUUGGAUUUGAAAUGAUUUGAAUACACUACACUAGUUCCACUUGGAUCUGACACCAUGAAGUACUAGUUAAGUCUCAGGUAUUGCCUGUUUCUUAAACCUGAAGGUGAAACUCAAUAUCAAGAAUUUGAAACAAAUUAACUUGGGAAGGAAUGUGAAGAUAACAUUGGCUGGCUUGGCCAGACCAUUAUUAGUGUGUUAAACAGUAAUAAAAAUUUUUGAUGUGCUGUUUCAGUUUUUAGUAGCAAAUAGAUGUGUUUAUAGAAGGUCAUAAUAAAACUUGAGACUUAUUUGAGUAACUUUAAGAUAAAUCCUUGUUCUCAUCUUUGACUUGUCUUUGCUAGCUAUGUAUUAAAUGAAUACUACUUACCCCCAUCACAUUCCCAGGAUGUAAAUAUAUCUGGUGUUCUAAUUCUUUCUUUUUCUUUAUUGGGCAUUCUAAUAUUUUGUGAUACUGUCCUGUUGGGAAGAAAGUUUACACAUUUGAG